AUGAGCUCUAUACGCGGUUCAGGCAAUCUGAUUGGGAUGAGCUCUGGCUGUUCACCACUGUUAAACAGGGGGACGUUGCAUUCGCAAUUUCAACGAGUCUGUCGCGUCUAUGGCGGCCACUUUUGUGCCCUACAACAAAUCUCUGGUGUCUGUCGACGCCCCAGCUCGACAGUCACAUCUUCCCGAGCACCAGCCGACUCAAAAGCGACAAGUCUCUGUGCCAAUGUCAGGCGUUCUACCUCAAGUAAAGCCGUUCAAAAAUCAAGGCCUGCCAAGGAACGUGACGAGUCGGAAUCGGAGUCGUUGAGCGAUCCAUCUCAUACUCAACCUUUCGACUCAGGGACCAUCUCUGCAGUCAGCAAGGGUCAAACCAGUGAUGACGUCCGUCAUAUCCAUCCGGAGAUCCGGCGAGAGAGGCCUCUUCGCGAGAGAGUCAAGGGUUUGAUGCGCCACGUGCCCCAUCCUGUUGCCGUCAUUACCUCUACCGAUACAUCUGCCAGUGCCGACGGUGGUCCUUCCACAUGGCGAGGAGCUACAGUAUCUUCCUUCAACACUGUAACAUUGGACCCGACGCCCAUUGUUUCUUUCAACAUCAAGCAGAUAUCUGCGACAUACGCUGCCAUCAGAGCUUCCGGCCUCUUUAAUGUUCACCUAUUUCUCUGCGAUCGAAUGGGGAGAGAAAUCGCGGAGAGAUUUGCGCGCGGCAACGUGUAUUGUCCUUUCCACUCAAGUGAUGGGACUUUAGCUACGUUUGCCCGGUGGCGAUCGGACACACCGUCAGCAUUGCCACCGAAUUCACCCCCCAUCAUCCAAUAUUUUCCCAAACUUCGGGUCAGGUGCCGGUAUCUCCCCGAAAAGGCAGUGGAAAUUGAAGAUCACAUGGUGCUAUUCGGCGAAGUUGAGCAUGUAUACGAUAGAUUGGACGGCGUUGAUGACUCGAAUGUCUACGUCACAAAGGCGUGGCUCAUUAAGAUGCCGGCCAAAUUAUCUGUCGCCGACACACGCUUUAUGUGCAUCCAGUGCCGGAAGACCCUGAGCUCAACCAGACUACGACGAUUCGCAUCAACCAAUGCAUCAUCACCUCCUGAAAUCUUCGACAUUGUGACAGUUGGCGGCGGACCGGCUGGCCUCGCCCUCCUCGCCGCGUUAAAAUCAUCGCCCAUAACAUCCCAUCUGAAAACCGCCUUGAUUGAGACUCAAGAUCUCUCGAAACUCCGCCAAUGGAGUUCGCCAGAGGAUAAAUACUCGAAUCGGGCUAGUAGCCUGACACCCUCAUCAGUCUUCUUUCUCGAGAAGACAGGCGCAUGGCAACAUGUCGACCAAUCUCGCGUUCAAGCUUAUGAUGAAAUGCAAGUCUGGGACGCCGCCAACGACGCAACCAUUCAAUUCGACUGGACGGCCGAAACUAGCAAAUACAACGCCCCCCCCAGGACAGUGGCGAGUAUGACAGAGAAUGCCAAUCUCACAAGGGGCCUUCUUGAACGAAUCGCCCAGCUCGGUGCGGAAUCGUCGCUUUUCUCCAGGACGAGCGUCUCGUCCAUUACGAAUGGCGAAGAUGACCCCAAUGGCCUCAACCUGUCCACUUGGCCCGUCCUUACGCUCGAAUCAAAAGCACCAUCCCCGCAUUUAUCACCAGAACAUCCGUCUACCAUAGCAGCUCGCCUCCUUGUCGGCGCCGACGGCUUCAACUCGCCCGUGCGCAGCUUCGCCGGCAUAGCAUCCCGCGGCUGGGACUACAACCGGCACGGCGUAGUGGCUACGCUCACAGUUCAGUCCACCGACGACAACAGCUCCAAUACAGAAGAUUUCGACCUCUUCUCCGAGGAACCCCUCGUGAACCGCGCAACCGCAUACCAACGCUUCCUCCCGGACCUGGGCGGGCCCAUCGCCAUCCUCCCUUUACCGAACAACCACGCCUCUCUCGUAUGGUCCACGACUCCGUCGAACGCGUCGUACUUGAAAUCCCUCCCGCCCGAAGCCCAGCUGGUCAUGAUCAACGCCGCCCUGAGACUGUCGCAGACAGACAUCAGAUACAUGUUCACCCUCCCCCCCUCGGACCCGGACCAACACGAGAACGAACUCCGCUGGCGUCUCCAGCAUACUCCACCGCCCGCGAUCUCGCGUCCUGUGCCCAUAAUCACUGCCGUUCAGGAGAAUACGCUCGCAUCGUUCCCGCUGCGCCUGCGCCACGCCACGUCCCUCACCGGCCCUCGCAUCGCAUUGAUCGGAGACGCAGCACAUACCGUCCACCCCCUCGCGGGCCAAGGCCUGAACCUCGGCCUCGGCGAUGCCGCCUCCCUGGCGAACACAGUCGCCUACGCCGUGGACCAUGGCAUGGACAUUGGCGACGGGUUGGCCCUGGAGCGGUACAACGCAGAUAGAUUCGGCAAGGGCCUGGUCAUGGCCGGCGGCGUCGAUGCCUUGAACUGGAUGUAUCAAUUGGGAAGUGGUGGAGAAGGGGGCAUCUUGAGCAGGCUCGUCGGUCAGGCAAGAGGCCUGGGCAUGAAAGUCGUGGAUUCCGGCUUGGUGCCUGGGUUGAAAAGCUUGAUCAUGAAACAGGCGAGUUAG